AAGCGUCAUGCAACGACGUCACUGAGUGUGACGUCAACCCCACGACCCCGCCCAGUUCUUCCUGGACAGACAGAGAGAGAGAAAUGGAGGAGUACGCACGUGAACCUUGCCCCUGGAGGAUUGUGGAUGACUGCGGAGGAGCCUUCACCAUGGGUGUCAUCGGUGGUGGCAUCUUCCAGGCUGUCAAAGGAUUUAGGAAUUCACCAUCUGGAAUGAACCACAGGUUGCGAGGAAGCGUGACGGCUAUUAAAACACGGGCCCCGAUGCUAGGAGGCAGCUUUGCGGUUUGGGGAGGCUUGUUCUCUAUGAUCGACUGCAGCCUAGUCAAAGUGAGGGGGAAGGAAGACCCUUGGAACUCCAUCACGAGCGGCGCAAUGACCGGAGCCAUCCUGGCAGCCAGAAAUGGCGCCGUGGCAAUGGUGGGAUCGGCAGCGAUGGGAGGCAUUUUGCUGGCAUUGAUCGAAGGAGCUGGGAUUCUCUUAACCAGAUUUGCCUCGGCACAGUUUCCAACUGGUCCGCAGUUUGAAGAACCCGCUCCAAUGCCAGCUCCUUCCUUCGGUGACUACAGACAGUAUCAAUAAAGACAUUGCAACUCAAAUAGGGUUUUUUUUUUAUACAUAAAAAAUGUUUAGAAAUUGGAUCAGGAACCCAUUUUGGAUGCCAAGGACCUUAAAAAAAAAAAAAAAAAACUGCAUGAAGGAACUUUUCAAAUGCAACCAGAUAUUUUGAUGGCACAAGUUAACGUAGGUUUUGAGCAGAUAAAUGUGUUUCUUUUAGAGAUGUGCUGCUGUCUGUACAGUGUCGGUUUGUUUGACUGGAUUACGUCUCAUUUAAAUUGCUUUGGUGGCAUGAUUUUAUGUGCGCUGUCAGCAGGAACACAGUUAAAAACAGAAGAAAACAAAUAGUCUGGUAUUGUUAUUGAAUUUGUAAUAUAGUGUACAUACAGGCUUCGCAAAAUUGUAUUUAGUAUGUAAACCCCAUAUUUUGCCCUUUCCUUUCUAUUGCUGUAGAGUGACUGUGACAGAUGCAUAAGCCGCUAUAAUUAAUUGAGAAGGGAUGGGAGAGUAAUAUUAUCUGUUUACUUCUAUGAGAAACUUGCCUUGGGUAAUGAAUCAUUUUUUCCCCCCACUGCGUUUGCCAGACCCACGUGACUACAGUGCCACACUGCUGUAAGAACAUGACGUUAUUUGUAAUCUGUUGGUUAGCAAACUGUAUUAUACAUCUGUUACUGUUUUAGCAAGAAAUUAUAGUUGUUGGUUUUUUUUUUUUUUCCAUUAAACAACAAAACAAACUUGUGGUCUAGCCCCCUCAUGUCUUGCUGAGUUUCGCUGCUCAGUCAGAAAGCAGGCAGCUUGACGCGAGGAUGUUGUUUUGUGGCAGGUUGCAUUGAGAAGCGUGCCUCCUUGCUCAGCAGCGUGUGUGCAAACUGGGUACCUGAAAGUGUGCUGCUAACCUCACUGCAAAUAUCUGGAAGUGCAGUUAGUACCGGAGCAAGUGUCGUGCCUUAUGUGGGUUAGUCUGGAGAAAUACUCAUAUCCUUUUGUGUGUUCAUCUCUGUAAUUUAGGGCACUAAAAAGAACUAGAUUCACUAUAGGGUACUAACAGUCAUAUAAAAAGAUGCAGUCUAACAAAA